UCUUAAGACCGACAUGAAGACAUAAAAUCAGUUUUAUCCGCCGUCUUCUUCCUCCAGUUGAAGCUCUCUGCAACUGAAUAAUAGGUAACACCAAUGCCAUCUUCUUCUUCAAGUCAUUUCUAGGGUUUAUCCCAAUUUCUUCUGUGAAUCCUUUUAAUUGAAAUUCAAAAAUCAAAUGAGAUGAUGUUGUCAAAAUGGGGAAAAGCUAGGGCAUGUUUAUCCCCAAUCCUAACCAUAAAAUUCAUCAUUUCUUCUUCUUCUUCAUCUUCUUGUUAUUCUCAUUCUUUUUCUUCUCUAGCUUAUCAUCCAUUACCUUCAUUAAAACCAUUACCACAUGAAUCUCUGAACGAUAUUACAUCAAAGGAGCUAGCUUUGUCAAUCAAAGAUUGGUUCAAUUCGAGAAACGACGGGCAGCUUGAUCGGAUUUACGAGAUCUUAGUUGCGAAAGAUGGGAAAAGGGAUAUCGAAUUGAGUCGAUUGGGGCUGAAACUCAAUGAGGAGCUUGUGUUGAAGGUGUUUAAACACUGUUUAGACAAGAAGAAAGGUAAGAUUGGUAUUAAUAAAAACUCUGAAGGAAAUCGAACUGAAGAGGUUUUUGCUUGUUUGAAGUUUUUCGAUUGGGCUGGUAGGCAACAUGGGUUUACUCAUACGCGUACUACUUUUAAUGCGAUUUUUAAGAUUUUAACCAAAGAGAAAUUGAUGAAUGUCAUGUUGAGUUUCUUAGAUAAGUUUAAGAGUGGAAGGUCUGCGCAUAAUGUGCGGUUUUACGAUACGCUUGUCAUGGGUUAUGCGGUUGCUGGUAAACCUGAGAUUGCACUUCAGUUGUUUGGUAAAAUGAGGUUUCAAGGGCUCGAUUUGGAUUCGUUUGCGUACCAUGUUUUUUUGAAUGCGUUGGUGGAGCAAGGUAUUUUCGAUGUGUUUGAUGUUAUAUCGGAGCAGAUUACCUUGAGGGGUUUUGAUAAUGAGGUUACUUCGUGUUUGAGAGUGAAGAAUUUCGUGAAGCAGAAUAAGUUGAAGGAAGCGGAAGAGUUUUUGCGUGGGUUGGAGAGUAAUGGUGGUGCUGUUAAUGAUCAUAUGUUGGGUGUUCUUGUUGAUGCGUUUUGUAAGAGGGACAUGUUCGGUCAUGCGGGUAACUUGUUGAAGGACUUUUGGGAGUUGAAAAAUGUCCCGAUGCCGGUUGCUUAUGAUAUUUGGAUUAAGAAUCUUGUGAGAGCUGGAAAUAUUAACGAGGCUAUCAAUUUUGUGCGAGAUAAGCAGUUCUUAGAAGGGUAUCUGCCUGCUGCUUUCAGAUAUAAUCUGUUGAUUAGUAGGCUUUUGAGGGAAAAUCGGCUGAUGGAUGUUUAUGACCUUAUGUUGGAUAUGAGGGAAGGAAAAGUUACACCUGAUAAAGCGACUAUGAAUGCGGUUUUAUGCUUCUUUUGCAAAGCUGGAAUGGUUGAUGUUGCGUUUGAGUUGUACAAUUCGAGAUUGGAUUACGGGUUAUCACUAAAUAGCAUGGCUUACAAUUAUCUCAUUAAUACGCUCUGCGGGGACGGGAGUGUUGAUGAUGCAUGUAAGGUUUUACAGGAUUCUAUCGAGCAAGGUUACUUUCCUGGCAAGAAGACCUUUUCUAUUCUUGCGGAUGCUUUGUGGAGUGUAAAUAAGCUGGGUAAGAUGAAUACCGUGCUUAAUAUUGCCAUACAGAAUGGUGUGCCAUGUGAUGAUAAAUUUUAUGCAUGCAUCAAUGCUUUGGCCCAUGCCAGACGGCCUUACGAGGCCUAUGAUAUGCAUGUCACACUAAGUAAAACCAGUAAAGUUACAAACCGUGACACUUUCAAGGAAAUGAUAAAUGCGUUUAUCGGUUCAAAUCAGGGGAAUAUGGCCUUUAAACUGCUGAUGGAAAUGCAAGAUAACGGUCACAAACCUACCAGGUCUUUGUACAGAGCUGUUAUUGGCUCCGUAUGCAUGGGGAGAAAUCCAGAAGACAAUUUUCUUAUGCUGCUAGAUAUGCAGUUGUCCCGAGAGCAACCUAACCCUGACAUUUACAACUUCUUCAUAGAUGGAGCUGGGCAUGCAAAAAGACCUGACCUUGCAAGAAAAGUAUUUAACAGGAUGCUGGUUGAUGGGGUUGCGCCACUUUUGAGUACCGAGAUUCUUAUGCUGCAUAGCUAUCUAAAGAGUGGACGUACUGAUGAGGCUGAGAGUGUUUUUGAACAUCUGUGCAACACUGGAAAGCCUGGAACGAGACUGUACAACACUUUUCUGGUUGGUUUGUGUCAAGCCGGGAGGCCAGAUAAAGCACAUAAUUAUUCAUGCAGGAUGAGGAGCAAAGGAUUGAUCCCCACUCUCCAUUACUACGAGGAGCUUAUAAAUUCAUAUUGUACACUUACAGAUUACAAUAGGGUAGUGAAGGUUAUUCAAGAGAUGGAGCAUUAUGGCCGCCAAGCCUCUUCCUUCAUCGGAAAUGUACUUCUCUAUCAUUCUUUCAGGAAAGAGGGCCGGACUCUUUAUCAAGCUUUUGUUAAUUUCGAAGCUACACCCAAAGAAGCAUCCCUAUCUUCCAAACUGACGCUUGGGCAGCUGGUUGGUUUGUUUUCUGGCGGGAUCAAGGUGGGUUCUGGAGACGAAUUUCUUGAGAAUAUGGACGAAGUGGUUGAACAAUGCUUUCCGCCCGACAUUUUUACAUACAAUCUGCUGUUGAGAAGACUAGCCAUGCGCAACAGAAUGGACUACGCUAGCCAGUUAUUUCAUAAGAUGUGCAUGAAAGGCUAUGAACCGAACGGGUGGACUUAUGGCAUUAUCGCACAAGGUUUACGGAGGUAUGGCAGGCCAGAGGAUGCUAAGGCAUGGAUUGAUAAAAUGGGUAGAGCGGGAUAUGCUGUUACUGGCCAAACCGGAUAUUCUAUUCAGAAGCACAUGUGAAACGAAAUGUGAUUUGGAUAAGAUUUGGCUCAUUAUGGUUCCCUCUCUGUUGCCAAUCCUGCUCAUUCUUUUGAAGCCGCAGGUACAGAGAAGUGUUCGAGCCAUAGCGUUGGCAUAAGAGCUUUUGAUGUUUCAGAACGAUUGAACCAGCAGAACAACCACGGUGACUACCUGGUACAUAGAAAAUCUUCUCAUAAGAAUGUGGUGAUUGAAUCAAUUAUGAAUCUUAGGUUCGCUAUUAAUUCUAGAGUAACGAAUAAGCGUUUUGUGGGGAGAGUCAAGGGUGAAAGUGGUCUGCAUUUUGGAACGUGCUAAGCUACUACUUCCUGCUAGGUUUACCUCAACGGUCAACCAAAGAUGAAUAUCAUGUAGAAGAGGGAAUCUGAGAGAGCUGAUUACCAAUGUUUCCGUCUAUAGUUGUCUUUCAGAUGUCUGUAGUGGCAGAAGAAAGAGUAGCAAGCUUGAUGAUUAGACGCUCGGCAACAGAAAAGGCUGCUGGAUCAUCAAAAAGUGGUUGUGGCUUAAAUUCCAAGAAUUUGGGAUCGAAGAAAUUUGUCUGUGAGCUAAGAAUUAGUCAUCAUCAUGUUCAUUCAGUUCAUUUAUGCUUCCGGUUUGUUGAUGCUGGUCCCCCUCUCUGUUAUGUGAUAAUAAAGAGUAGAAUGUGGCAAGUAAUCCUUUUGUUUGUUAGUAAAGCCUUUUUUUUUCAAGGUGGCAAAUUUCAGUUUUAGGAGCUGAUAUAUUUUGAAACUCACUCAAUAUCUUCCUAGACUUUAUGAGAUCUCCGAUAUUAUGAUUUUGACAUCUUUGCCUGGGCUGUUUUUACUUAAGUUUAUGGGAGUUCCUUCUAGCUGUAGGUGUUUUGCUUACCAAUUAAUUUUCUUAAUUUCUGUGUAUUUAUAUCUGUGUGAGGAUUGUAUUUCGGAUAGCACAGAGUAUAAUGGUCUACAAGGCCCAACAUUUUUCCUAGGACAUGUUUUGAGAUGACUCUACUCCAAUCAUCUCUUACACUUGGGAAGAUAGAUUAUGUGACAUUAAGGCAAUUAAGCUUCCUAUCAGCAACUUAUUGCAUGCUAUGGUUGUCUCUGCAAAUAUAGGUCAUCUCAUAUAUUUGGCACCAAGCCCAUCUUUUUAUGUGUUCCUUCACCAUCCCUAAUUUCUUUUGUUGAUAAAUUGUAACACCUGAACUGGUUUCCAGGCUCUGCGGACCGGACUGUAAACUUCUGGGAUCUGGAAGAUGGGCAGGACCAGUGGCUUAUGGGGUUACAGUCUAUGACUUUGGGCACUGGACAAUCAAUUGAAGGUUUACUCAUGGAAGCCUAUAAAGUGUCACAAAGUUGUUGAUAUGGGGUGGUCUACAUUGGAUGACCUUAGUAUUCACGAUGGAAAGCUUUUGGCAUGCUCUCACUAUUGAAACUCCGUUGACAUGUGGGUUGCAGAUAUUUCAUUAAUUGAGCUACACAGAGUUGGUGGUACACCCCAGUCAUUUGGCAACAAGGAGCAGAAAUUUAAUGUUCAGGAGGGCACUAGAAAGUCCAGUACAGAGAAACAUGCCAGUCCCCAUGUGUACGAGGCUAUGGAGUACAUAAACAUAUAUGUUGAUAAUUUUCUUGGAAAAUACAUCUAGAGAGCCAAGGCAUUGAGAAAGAAGAUGGGCCAUUGAAAGGAAUUGCUCAGCUAAAAUAUGGGUUGCACGGAAGCUCCAUUUCUUGAGCCGUGUCCGCGUCGGAUACGGGACGCGCGUGGGACGCUGACAGGCGCGUGUCCGACACACCAAUUUGCGCGUCCUGCGCGCGUCUGUUUUGGACGCACCGAUGACGCGUGUCCGAUGCAUUUUUUUUCUUCUUCAUUUUCAUUUUAACGUUUUCCUUUAUUUUUACUAUUAUUAACCAAAUAAAAAAAGACAAACAUUUAGAUCAAUAAUUAGGUCUUCAUUAGGGUUUUGUAAUUGGAAAUGACAUCACGUAUACCCUUAGUUGGGCAUGUGUUGUUCUAAGAAUGCAUUUUGAUUGUGCCAUGUGUUUAACAGUGACUGAUUGUUUGA